GUCCCCGCAGCCAGAUUUCCACCAACCCGGAGGUAUGAGUAUGUAACGUGCAGCCAGCGUGCAGUACAUGGUGUGACCACAGCGUGGCAGCACAUGCAAAGACAUGGCACCUUACACAACGUCAUUACCAAACACUGAAGGGGAGUUCUGUAACACAGCAGCCUGUGGUCCUGCUCUGUGACUGACGGAAGAAUCUUUCGGGGGGAAAUGAAGUCCUUGGUGUGUCUCUUGGCCUCUGCCAGGGCGGCCUCACCUUUUCCUCUAAAUUGUGGUUCAGUGCGAAAACGCACAAGUGUGGAGUUUAGCAGCAACACGGUGCGAUGUCUCCAAAUAACGCGCGGCACAGAAGUGAAGCUGAUGAGCGAAGCUGCGGUUCCACUACUGAGGAAAAGAGAUACUGGACCGAGCUGGGAACGGACUGGAAGACGCACAGCACCUCAAAAGGCACCAGGAGCAGCCCCUCGCCUCUCUCCGUACAUCACAUAUGCCAAACCACAGAGUAAAGCAGCUGCUCUCCUCGAUAUUCAGUCUCUGUUUGAAGAGGAUGUCAUCGCUGAACUGUGCUCCCGGCUGGAAGCUUUUCCCCGCAGUGACAGGGCAGAGGGACUGGCCUCUUUACUUGGAGCAUGUGUUGAGUUUGGCCUGGAAGCCCACAGCCCUCCAGUCCUCACACUGAUGAAUGAGUGCCUGGAGCUGCUCCCCAACAGGGACAUCGGGGUGGCACAACUCUGCCGCCUGGGUGAGGUGGUGUGCGCCCUGGAAGGCCGCCGGUCACGCGUGCUGACAGAGGUGUUGGACUGUGUGUGCGCUGCUGUGGAGGAGGAUGUCGUCUCUCCCAGUGAGGCUGUCAUGGUCUACUCCCUGCUGACGCGGUUUUGUGAGCCUGCCAGCCAGCAGCAGACCCGAAUCCUGUCUGCUUUGCACACAGACACACGAAGGCUGGUCCACCGGCUGAAAGCCGGUCAAGUCAGUGAUAUUCUGCAGUCCUUGUUGAAGUUACAGCAGAGACAGGCUGUUUCCCUGGUGCUGAGGCUGAGUCACAGGGCAUCGCGGGUCUUUAAAGCUUUUCGCGAUGAUGAAAUCAUGAAGGUACUCUCUGCUUUAAUGACUCUGGGACAGCAUGAUGGAGAGCUCGUGGCUGCUAUGGAGAAACACUUGACAGGGAGGCUGGAGAAGUGCGAUCCAGAGCUAAUCGGUGCCAUCAUGGAGUAUUGUCUGCAGAUGAGGUGCCGCUCUGAGCCACUCUUUGAGGCUGUGGCUGAAAACUUUGUACGCCACGCUGAGAAGCACACCACCCUUCAGAUAGCCAAACAAAUUGUUGCGAUGGGGAGGCUCAACUACCUGCCACAGUGCUCCAGCCAGAUGUUUAAAAAGCUGGACAGCAUUUUGUCAGAGAGGUUUUCACAGUUCCAGCCUCGCUCGCUGGUUGACGUGAUGCACGCCUGCAUCCACCUGGAACGCUUCCCUCUCAACUACAUGACCAAAGUAUUCAGCCCACACUUUCUACAGAGGCUGCAAGCACAGGGGGAGCCACUGGACAAAAACACACUGGGGCAGCUGACACAGCUCCACCUCUCCACCACGUUAGAGUGCACAUACUACUGGGGUCCCAGACUGCCCUUCUUUCUCCACGUGAAGAGGUUUUCCUCAGCAGGCCAGGCCUUUGAGACACCAAUGGAAAGUCUUUUAUACAAACAGGUCAAAGGUCCUCUAGCACAGCUGCUGGGGGGCACAUUGUACUCCACCAGAAUGAUUCAUGGUGGAUACACUAUAGAUGUGGAGAUUUGCCUGGAUGAGGGUGGAUUUGUUCUGCCUCCAUCUCAGUGGGAUCACACUUACAAGAGAGUUGUGUUGUGUUUGGAUGGUCCAAACCGUUUCUGCACCAACACACGACACCUGCUGGGGAAGGAAGUCACAAAGAGACGACACCUCCAGAGGAUGGGCAUGGAGCUGGUGGAGAUCCCUUACUUUGAGUUUGAGAAACUGCAAACUGAAGAGGAACAGAUCCAGUAUCUUCAUGACAAGAUCUUUCCUGCUGUAUCCAAGUUCAACAAUCAAACAGCGAACCAGUUAAACCAAAAAUCCACCGUGAGACAAACCACCUUAUAAUAUGCUCGGGGUACCAGCAAUGCCAAGAGGCCAGUUCCAAAACCUGAGGAUCGUGAACACAACAGCUGAAUUUCCUGGCAGUCUAAGUGUUUGCAAGGAUGGACAGACUGACGGGGAGUACUCUGUAAUCUGUUACUCUCAUACAUCCCCGACACGUUGCCAGAAUGUUGGAUUAGAGGAUUUAUUCAAAAAAAUGUUUCUUUACUGUUCUCAUAUAACAAACUUUUACCUUAAAUUAUACACAUCCUUUCAACUUUCCAUUAAAAGGUUUCCUUACACAUUGUUACAACCUAUAAGUAAUAUUUGAGAAUGCUGUGGAGCGUCCGCUGCUAGCUGGGGCAGGGUAAUAAUUCCCUGUCUCAGUUAUAUAUAAACUUUACUUUUACUGCCAGCUUUUCUUGGUAAUAUGUAUAUUUAAAGCCAUUUUCUAUUCUGCUAUUAAUUUAUUGUUGAAAAUUAUAUUUGCCGUUUUUGUGAAUAAUAGUAAGAGAAAUAUUUAAUGUAAAUAUUAAAUGGCACUCGGUACGGCUCUAA